AUGUUUUUCCGAAGAUUAUCCCUACUGUACAUUUUAUUAGGAGCAUUGGUGGUUGCUAUAAUCAUAUUCAAUGUGCUGAUACUAUCUUCCAGUGGUGACUCAUCAUCAUCAUCUUUGAUAAACACCCCUCUUUCUAACAAGGGUGGUGGUGCCAAAUACUAUACUGGUGGCAAAUCUUCAUUACAAGCCCAUGUUGAUAAAGUGGAUAGUCAAGAAUAUAUCGAUGAAGUAAUGAAGGAGUUGGAGGCAACUAAAAAGGAAGAAAUCUUGUCGGAUUUGAAACAAUCAGUAGCCAAGAAUGAAAAACCCAAAAUUGUUCAAGAACUCAAAAAUGAACUUCGAAGAAAAUAUAUCGAUGUUAUUCAACAAACUUUAAAAGAUGAAGUUCGAGAAGAACAAACUAGUGAAUUCUUUAAACAAAAUUCCAUGUCUUAUGCCUUGUUUGAACAAUUGGUCAAUACAUAUGCCAAGGAACAUAAAGCUGAUUUCAAACCAGCUGCAUUUCUUGACAUCCUCAAGAAUGAAGUUCAUGAUUUCCCCCGGGAUUUCGAAGUUAAAGUGGCAAAAGCUUGUGAACGGUUUUUUGACAAAUCGAGCUAUUAUCAACAUUUGAUCAAAGAUGUACUUGUUGCUAAUAAACCCAAUUGUGAACCAUUUACUGAUGAUGAACGUGGUAAAAAGCUAAAUCCAACCUAUCAAAGAGAUCAACGGAUAAUAUCGGAAAAAUAUCUACGAGAAUCCAAUUUAAACAUCCCCAUUUCUAAAUUCAAAUGUCUACAAGAAUCUCAUGAUAAUCUAGUCAAGACAUUGAAAUCGUUGCCCGAACCACCAAGACAGUUUGUUUCAGGGUAUGGUAUAGUCAUUAAUGGUGGUGGUGGUAUGAUUGUUAGUGCUUUAACGGCAAUUGCCAAUUUACGUGAUCGUGGCUCAUCACUCCCAGUUGAAUUAAUCUUGGACACACCUGAAGAAUACGAUAAACAGAUUUGUGAAGACUUGUUGCCAAAUAAAUUGAAUGGUAAAUGUGUUGUGAUUCAAAAUAUUCUUGGCAAGGAAGUAUUUGACAUGGUUAGUGCUAAAUUUGCUCGCAAGAUUCUUGGGUUGAUUGUAUCAUCAUUUGAUCACACCAUUGCCCUAGAUGCCGACAAUUUCCCCAUUAGAGAUGUGGACAAUUUGCUUUAUACUGAGCCAUACCUUUCAACAAAGAUGAUUUUGUGGCCUGAUUUAUGGGUGAAAUUAACCAGUCCAUUGUACUACAAGAUUGCCAGAAUUGAAAAGGGAGAACCCAUACAUCGAUUUGGAUUACCCAAUGAUGCAAAAUUUGCCGAUUAUAUCGUCAAGGAUAAACAAUCGGAAAUCCAUUUCCAUGAUUUUGCCAAUUUACCAAGCACAAUUUCAGUGGAAACUGGUCAAAUGGUGUUCUCCAAACGUGAACAUUUUCGCGCAUUACUCUUGUCAUUAUACUACAAUAUCAAUCUAAAACCAUGGUAUGAAACUUUGUUGUAUCAAGGCGCUUAUGGUGAAGGAGAUCGCGAAACCAUUGUUCCGGCAUUACAUGUCAUGAAUGAACGUUAUCAUUUACAAAAUCAAAAAUUACAUCUUUGGGGCUAUACUGCUGAAACUGGCAAAUUUUCAGAAACAACAUUGGGACAAACAGAUCCUCGCGAUAACCCGGAAUUUUACUACGAUUGGCAAAAAUUCCUUUCAACAAAGCAACUAGACACGAGAUUAAAUCCAUUCCAAUCUGGUGGAUACACUGACAGAUUGAUUGAACAAUUUAAAGAAUACAAGAAAAAAAUUAUUGCCGAUAAAAAGAUUGAAGAUGAAGAUACUGCUCAUCGAUUAAUUGAAUACAAGUUGCCAAAACUCCUAUUUCUUCAUUGUAAUCACCCCAAGAUUGACCCCGUCAAGAAUGCUCAAGAGGGCGAAUUUGGCACCUAUUCAAGAAGAAACAUUGGUCCCUUGGAUCAAAUCAAGCCCAUCUUCAACAAGAGAGAUUGGGAAUUACGAUUCCAUUCCAUUGCUAGAUGGGUUGCCUGUGAUGCCAUCAAGAGCGCCGAGUUUUGGAAAUCUUCCGCCAAGAUUGAUCAACAAACUGUAUGUUUUAAAAUCAACAAGUAUAUUGAGUUUUUGAAGAAGGAUUCUUUUGAUGCGACGUUUGAGUUUAAGAGUGAAGACGCGGAAAAGUUUUAUGUUGGUGGUAAAGGUGCCGGUAUUGGAGGCGACGCUGCUGCUGCUGCUGCCGGUGGUGGUGGUGGUAGUGGUGAUGGAGCUCAAGAAGAUGAUGUCAAAGCUGUCGCUCAACAACAAGCACAACAACAGGCGGAGGCUGAAGCUAAUGCAAAAGCUAAAGGUGAAGUGGAUGAUCCAUUAAAGGAAGAUGUCAAGGAGGAUGAUAAACCAAUUGAGGAUGGCGAAAUUCAUCAACCGCAGUAG